CCAUCCCCUUGAGAAAAAACCGCCCCUGCGGCGACGUUCUUACGGCUUUCACGCCGUGAAUUCAGCAUUAUCUUCCGUAAUAGGGUUUCUGAGAAUUGAAGCAUCAUAUAAGCGAUCAGUCAGUGCGGAUGUGUUGAUUAAAAACUUCUGCUUGUGCGAUGAUUCAUUGUUACCAGCGUUGGCCCAUCCUCCACAGUGACGCAAUAAUGCGUGGGGGGGGAGAGGGCAUCACCACGGUUCCACGUUGUGACUGGCGAAAGCACGUGCGUGAAUUUAACACCUGCGUCGUACUCUGCCAGCAGGAAUACACCCAAACGUUUAUUAUCUAUCCGUUCUUCAGACGACGUGUGAAAAAAUGGGAAUUUAAUAAAGAUCCCGUCGCCACCAGAAGUCAAGCAACUGAAGCCAGAGUGUAGCAACUGCCUGCUUUCCUCAGAACGGACAGAGAAGAGCUCUGCUUGGCAAAGUUUGUGUGAGCACUACCUGGUGCCUGCCAGCUGUACACAGGACCAGCAGAAGCAGUGAAGAAUGAAGCCCCGGGACGAAGCCCCCGUGGAUCGAGGCUGGCUGGUGGGCAUCAUAUUCUUCAUCCUGGGCCUGGGGACGCUCCUACCAUGGAACUUCUUUAUGACCGCCACCAUGUACUUCCAGGAUCGUCUCAACACAUUCGUGUCGGUUAAUGGCACUUCCGUGGCUCAGAAAGAGUACUACUUCAACAACUGGAUGACCCUGCUGUCCCAGGUUCCCCUGCUGCUUUUCACCUUCCUCAACUCCUUCCUGUAUCAACGUGUCUCGGAGAAGGUGCGGAUUACAGGCAGUCUCGUCUGCAUCCUCCUGCUCUUCAUCAUCACUGCUGCCCUGGUCAAGAUCCCCAUGGCAGACACAGACCGUUUCUUCUCCAUCACCAUGGCAACCAUCUGGUUCAUCAACUCAUUUGGGGCUGUGUUGCAGGGCAGCCUGUUUGGGCUGGUGGGGAUGCUCCCGCAGAAAUACAGCGCCGUGUUCAUGAGCGGCCAGGGCCUGGCCGGCACCUUCGCUGCUGUCGCCAUGCUGCUGUCCAUAUACAGUGAAGCCGGUAAGGAGUCGGCGGCGCUGGGCUACUUCAUCACCCCCUGUGUGGGCACCCUGAUCACGCUGCUGAGCUACAUGCUGCUGCCGCAUCUGGAGUUUGCACGGUUCUAUUUCAACAAAGGCAAGAACUACGAAGUGGAGACCAAGGACAAGCUCCUGGAAGGCAGCAAGGAAACGGUGGAUCCAGGGAACACUAAGCUGAACGGACACGCCAACGGCUCCGUGCCCAACAGCAACGGGUUGCUGGCGCACAACGGCCACAAGGCGGACGAGGCCGGGCAGGCCAUCAUCACGCUGGAGUUGGCCGACGCACAGGAGAAGCUGUCCGUCAAGGAGGUCUUCAAGAAGAUUUGGGUGAUGGCGUUCUGCGUGACCUUCGUCUUCAUAGUCACACUGUCCGUGUUCCCCGCCAUCACAGUGGAAGUGAACACCCUGUACGAAGGAACAAAAUGGGAGGUCUACUUCAUCCCCGUGUGCUGCUUUCUCUUCUUCAACAUCAUGGACUGGCUCGGUAGAACCAUCACCACGGUGGUGCAGUGGCCCCGGAAGGAGAGCCGCCUGUUCCCGGCGCUGGUGGUCUCGCGCGUGAUUUUCAUCCCCCUGCUCAUGCUGUGCAACAUCAGGAACCACUACUACCUGCCGGCGCUGUUCCCCCACGACGCCGUCUUCUCUGUCAUCAUGCUGCUGUUCGCUGGCACCAGCGGGUACUGCGUGUGCCUGUCCAUGACCUACGCCCCGCAGCUGGUGGCUCCUAAAGAUGCAGAGACGGCCGGAGCGUUGAUGACGUUCUUCCUGGCCCUGGGUCUCUCUCUGGGGGCCGCCCUCUCCUUCCCCCUCAGGCUGCUUGUGUAGGAGAACCCGCCCCUCUUCCACAGAGGGUCACCCCAUUGGCCAAGCAAGCAUUCGCCACGCUUUCUCCACCAAUCACAAACACACUCCAUCGUCUCCACAAAAGUCUGAAGAACGUGGCAAGAAGACACUAGAGUUAGGGACAGGCAUGGUUACCUUUUAAAUAAUUAACUUCCCAUCGUCAAAGUGCAUUCCUCAAGACCUGCAAAAUAAAGGGAGAGAAGUAUUCGUUUUUUAAAAAUAUGAACAUUGUAACGUCUGGAAAGGUCAAUCUUGCAGCAAUUUCCCCGGCAAUUAUACAAAAAAGCCUCCGUCUCCACAUGCCCACCGUCUCCUCAAAUCACGGAUGCACACCUCGGCCUCCACCAACUGUAAACGUGCGCUGCUCCACCAAUCCGAAGGACAGUACAGAAAAUCGUGGCAUUAUAAGAGUAAGUCUCUGAUGACUGACAGGCAUGUUAGCCUGACUGACCUGCUGAAGACUGUAUAGUGGCAAGUGCGAGGUGAAUGUAAAUUUCAGGUCAGUGCUGGAACGCUGCUUCUGUUUUUGACGUAGUAAUUAUCUGAUGUUGAAUGCACUGCUCGGACCUUCGUACACCUGUUCUGCCACAGGUUUACAAUUCGGCUUCCCUGGCCCUCAGAUCACCACACCAGCAUUUAUAGGGUAAAAUAGGAGGCCCUGACUGGCCCGUGGGAAGAGGUCAAUAGAUGUUGCUGUACGUUAUUUUGUUUUUAAGAAAGGGCCCUUUGGGAAGGUGUGUGUUUGUGUAACCCUGCUGCCCUCUGAAUCUGAGGUAAAUCUGCACUAUUUUCGAAGAUCAAGGGACCUUUUUAUUAUUUUUUCCGGUUUUAUUUUUUUAAUUGAUUUUUCUGGCAUUUUAACUAUUUUUAUUAUUGUUUAGCCUACUUUUAAUUUUAUUUCAAAAUUGCAGACCUGCCAACCUACACG